GGAGGGGCUCUUGCCGCCACUGCUCUCUCGCCGCCUCUUCCCCCCGGCGGGAGCCGCUCGCAGCCUCUUUGCACUAGUCGCUCCGCUCUCCCGGUCAUGUGACCUUAACGUAACCGGACAGGAAAAGCCCCGCCGCCGCCGCCGCCGCCGCGCCGGAGACACCGACCGCGGCGGCAGAGGCAGCAGCAGAGAGCAGAGGCGGCGGCGGCGGCGGCGGAGGACAGCACGGCCGAGGCGCCCCGCGCCGCCUCCUCACACGCCGCCGCAGCGGCCUCGGCGACAGAUUUUUUAAAAAAUGGAUUUGACCAACCAUGGACUUAUUCUACUGCAGCAGUUAAACGCACAGCGCGAGUUUGGGUUCCUGUGUGACUGCACGGUUGCCAUCGGCGAUGUGUACUUCAAGGCACACAAAUCUGUUCUUGCCUCAUUCUCCAAUUACUUUAAGAUGUUGUUUGUCCAUCAGACCAGUGAGUGUGUCCGACUAAAGCCCACCGACAUCCAGCCGGACAUCUUCAGCUAUCUCCUGCACCUCAUGUAUACUGGAAAGAUGGCACAACAGCUCAUUGACCCUGUCCGCCUGGAGCAGGGCAUCAAGUUCCUGCACGCAUACCCGCUGAUCCAGGAAGCCAGCCUUGCCAGCCAAGGCACCUUUUCCCAUCCUGACCAAGUCUUCCCAUUGGCUUCCUCCCUGUAUGGCAUUCAGAUUGCAGACCACCAGUUGAGACAAGCCACCAAGAUCACCCCUGCACCCGAAAAACUUGGGCGGGACCCAAGACCUCAAGCCUCCAGAAUGGGCCCAGAGCAGGUGCCGGAGGCCUCACAGCUGUCUCAACUGCCCCCAAACCUGGCCCAGGUGAACCGGACAAGCAUGCCUUCCUCGGACCCCCUGCAGACCUCGCUGUCUCCGGAACUUGUCUCCACUCCCGUUCCUGCCCCUCCCGGAGAGGAGACCAAUCUGGAAGCAUCUCCCUCCGACGAGCAGCCUGCGUCCCUCACCAUAGCUCACGUCAAGCCGAGCAUCAUGAAGAGGAACGGGAGCUUCCCCAAGUACUAUGCCUGCCACCUAUGCGGGCGGCGCUUCACCCUGCGGAGCAGCCUUCGAGAGCACCUCCAGAUCCACACGGGUGUGCCCUUCAUGGCCGGCCCUCAGGGCGAGAGCCGAGUGCCGCUGUCUCUCUGCAACAACGCCACUGACCUCGGCAAGGACGCCAUGGAAGUGCCCGAAGCCGGGAUGAUCAGUGACAGUGAGCUGCAACACAUCUCGGAUUCCCCCAUCAUCGACGGGCAGCAGCAGUCGGAGACCCCACCACCCUCGGACAUUGCUGACAUUGACAACCUGGAGCAGGCAGACCAGGAGAGGGAGGUGAAGAGGCGGAAGUAUGAGUGCACCAUCUGCGGACGAAAAUUCAUCCAGAAAAGCCACUGGAGGGAGCACAUGUACAUACACACCGGGAAGCCUUUCAAAUGCAGCACUUGUGACAAGAGCUUUUGCAGGGCCAACCAGGCCGCCCGCCAUGUGUGCCUCAACCAGAGCAUCGACACAUACACCAUGGUGGACAAGCAGACUCUGGAGCUCUGCACGUUUGAGGAGGGCAGUCAGAUGGACAACAUGUUGGUGCAGACCAACAAACCCUACAAGUGCAACUUGUGUGACAAAACAUUCUCCACUCCCAAUGAGGUUGUGAAACACUCAUGCCAAAACCAGAAUGCGGACGUCUUUGCCCUAGACGAGGGGCGGUCCAUCCUCCUAGGCAGUGGGGACUCCGAAGUAACAGAACCUGACCACCCAGUGUUAGCUUCCAUCAAAAAGGAACAGGAAACUGUGUUAUUAGACUGAAUGUUACUUGUCUUUUUUUUAAAUUGUCAUUUUUACGAAAACUAUCUUCCUUCUCUUCCCUCCAUUCAGAACCCUAGUUCUCUGUGGCAUGAUCUGACCAGGUCCCUGUUCCCUUCCCACCCCAACCCACUCCCACCUCUGUGAAGGCUUUGUGCAUUAUAAACCUGGAGUCUAUUUACUUUCAUUCAGGGGAUAUUGGAAAGAUAAUGGUUAGUAGAACUUAUAAACUUAAAUAGAUUUUGAGAUGUUUUAGAUUAUUUAAAAGCAUACUUGGAACUAAUUAAGGGUAUAUACAAAACAGAACAACUAAGACAUAAUUUGGUAAGCUAAAAUUAUGACUUUCCCUGGGUCAUAAGUCUUCCUUUUCAGAAAAAAGCAAAGUCAGAAAGUACAACACGUGUCUAAGAGAUAAUUCUGGGCUCUGUGCUAUACAAAAUCUGGCGGGUAUGGGGAAACUUUAAACCCAAGAAAACGUUUUCAGUAUUUUACCUUCCAGGUGUCUUAUUUCAGAACACAUCCUUUGAGAUUAUGUCCAGUUAGGAAAAAUCACUAGCUAAGAAAUCUACUUGAACAAAACACAAAAGAGAAAAAGUAAUAAUGUGAUGGCAAUCUUAAUUUUUGGAUAAAACCUAACAAGCUGUGAGUUUGUGUGUUUGUAAGAAAAAACGUGUAGAUACUUCCUAUAAACAGGUGGAUUAAUGCACAUGCCUUAUCGAAUUGCUGGCUUCUUUCCAAGUUGAACAACAGCAAAAUGCUGUAUUUUCAUUUCUGACAAAUGUGAUUGUUUUUUAAAAUCAGAUUCUAAAGAGAAAUGACAUGUCAUUUUCUAGCAGUUGCCAGUGGCAAAUUUGUUUCAGUACCCACCCGCUGCUUUUAAAUCAGUAUAUCUGCGUAUAUACUGGAUAGGAAACGAUACAGGAAUAUGCAUCUUACUUACACAAAGUUGGGCAGAAGAUGUAACUUUAAUGACUUUAAAAGUCAAUGCUAAAAGUUUACUGGCAACAUUCAUUGAAGCAUCAAAAAAUGGUAAAGAGAAAUCAGGACAAAAAAUCUUAAUUGCUAGGGCUGGGGAUGAAACUCAGUGGUAGAGCUCUUGCCUAGCAUGCACAAGGCCCUGGGUUUGAUCCCCACCUCCCUAAAAAAUAAAACCUAAUUGCUAUUUGGGGAAAAACUGUAUUCUCCAGUUUUUCUCUUUCGUUUUUUUUUUAACAUCCUAAAAUUUUCUCCAGUGGCCUGAAAGCAGUAAAAGUUGUCCAUUAAUAUUCCUUUAGGCCAAUAAGACAAUGGUGUUACAGGAUAAAAUAGCCAGAAGUAAGGACCCAAGGGGAAAGGGAGGGGGAGAGUAGUUAAUAGCUAUACUGUAUGUAUAUGUUAAGAACUGAACAUCCCAUCAUUCUAUUAUAUGUAUAGUUGAGUUCUCAGAUUUGUAAGUUUUUAUACAUACUUUCAUUGAAUAAACAAAUGAGCAUAUGAUUUUA